UAUCGUUCGAAAAAAGUUGCACAGUGAGCGGAGGAGAAAGAAAUUGCUGUGAACAAAAACACACAAUGGCGACGUCCGCAACAACGGCUGGCGGGAACGGGCCCCGCGGUCGCACCGCCGGGCCUCUCGGUGGCGGAACUUCCAUGGGACGCAAGAAGGACGGUGGUCCGUCCACGAAAUUCUGGGAAAGUUCAGAGACGAUAUCCCAACUAGAGACCGUGCGGCUGUGGAUCGGAAAGCACUACAAGAAGCAUGUCCAGAAUGACUCUCCUUCCAGUAAGUCUUUGGCCGGUCUGGUUGUUCAGCUGCUUCAGUUCCAGGAGGAUGCAUUUGGGCGCAAAGUCAACAAUCCUGCUCUUACCAAGCUACCUGCCAAAUGUUUUCUUGAUUUUAAGGCAGGAGGCGCUCUCUGUCACAUCUUGGGGUCGGUCUACAAAUUCAAGAGUGAGCAGGGCUGGCGCAGAUUUGACUUGCAGAAUCCUUCCAGAAUGGACAGGAAUGUGGAAAUGUUCUUAAAUGUUGAGAAGAACCUGGUCCAAAACAACUGCCUCACUCGACCUAUUGUCUACCUGUCCCCGGACAUCGAGCAGAAACAGGCCAGUAAACUCAAAGACAUCAUCAAAAGGCACCAGGGCUCCAUGACUGAUGACAAGUCUAAAGCCACUCACCACAUCUAUCCCUCAGCACCACAGCAAGAUGAAGAUGAGUGGCUUCGUCCUGUCAUCAGAAAAGAGAAGCAGGUGCUGGUACACUGGGGUCUCUACCCUGACAGCUAUGAUACCUGGGUGUCAAACAAUGAGGUUGAUGGUGAUGUGGAGGAUCCUCCCAACACCGACAGACCCUGGAAGGUGCACGCCAAGUGGGUUUUAGACACAGAUGCCUUCAACGAGUGGAUGAAUGAAGAAGACUACGAGGUGGAUGAGAACAAGAAGCCAGCCUGCUUCCGCAGAAGGCUCUUUGUCAAGGAAGAGGAGUCUUCCCGUACACCUGAUCGCAAGGAGCGUAAAGCCAACUCUGCCAAGAAGAGGAAGCGGUCGCCAUCGCCGCCCAGUACACCAGCCGAGUCCCGCAAAAAAGGGGGAAAGAAGGGAAAUCCUGGGUCACACUGGAAACGACGUGGUCACAGGGGUGAGGAAGAGGACACAGAGGAGGAUAUCACUAAGGACAUGGAUGAUUCGUCAGCUGGUGCCAGUCUGGAGGAGGGAAGCUCAUCCAAAAAUACAGGUUCAAAGAAAGACACUGAAAACACUCCCAUUAAAGGAGGAAAUGGAGCUGAUUUGGAUGACAUGGAGGAUGAUUCAAUGUUGUCUGGAGGAAAGGAUGACGAGGACCAGAGUAAAAAUGAUAACAGCAGGCUGAUGGAUGCUGGUGAGGACAACGUUACUGAGCAGACUCAUCACAUCAUCAUCCCCAGCUACUCUGCCUGGUUUGACUACAACUGUAUUCAUGAGAUUGAGAAAAGAGCCUUGCCAGAGUUCUUCAAUGGAAAGAACAAGUCUAAAACUCCUGAGAUAUACUUGGCCUACCGUAACUUCAUGAUUGACACUUAUCGGCUGAACCCUCAGGAGUAUCUCACCUCCACUUCCUGCCGGAGAAACUUGACCGGUGAUGUGUGUGCUAUAAUGAGGGUCCAUGCCUUUUUGGAGCAGUGGGGUUUGGUCAACUACCAGGUGGAUGCUGAAAGCAGACCACUGCCAAUGGGGCCUCCACCUACACCACACUUCACGGUGCUGGCUGACACACCCUCAGGCCUCGUCCCCUUGAACCACAGACCUCCAGUAAGGGUUCCCCCUCCACAGCAGAUGGCCAACUUUGGAGACAAAGGCAAAGACAAAUCCACUGACCUGCAGAACUUUGGCCUUCACGCUGACCUCUACAAGAAAAGUUCCAAGGUUAAAGCCACUUCAACCAGGGAAUGGACAGAGCAGGAAACUCUACUGCUAUUGGAGGCUCUGGAGAUGUUCAAAGAUGACUGGAAUAAAGUCUCGGAGCAUGUUGGCUCACGGACCCAGGAUGAGUGCAUCCUGCACUUCCUGCGGCUUCCAAUUGAGGAUCCAUACCUAGAAAGUACAGAGUCUACUCUGGGCCCUUUGGCCUACCAGCCCAUUCCCUUCAGUCAAUCUGGAAACCCUGUUAUGAGCACAGUAGCUUUCCUUGCUUCCGUGGUCGACCCCAGAGUGGCCUCUGCUGCUGCGAAGGCAGCCCUCGAGGAGUUUUCCCGUGUGCGUGAGGAGGUGCCUGCUGAGCUGGUGGAGGCUCAUGUAAAGAAGGUUCAAGAAGCAGCUAGGAGCACAGGGAAGGUUGAUCCUGCCUUCGGCCUGGAGACCAGUGGCAUCGCUGGCACCGACCCUGAGGAGCCGGAAAAGACUGAACCAACAGAACCAGAAAAAAUGGACACUGACACAGACUCUCAACAGGCCGACAAGGCCGAGUUGAAGGAUGAGGCAGAGAAACCCAGUGAGUCUGCAGAAAAGAGCGAAAAGACAGAGGCCACCGAAAAAGUGAAGAAGGAAGGAGUUGAAGCCUCAGAGCGUGAGGAUGAGCCUGAGGAAGGAGGAGAAGCCAAGGUGUCACUAACAGACAAAGACAAGGAGGAGGCCAUGGAGACAUUGUCCUCAGAGCAGGAGAAAGACAAGGAGGACAAGGCAUCAAAAGAGGAGGGGGAGGAGAAGAGAAAGAAGCUGGAGCUGGACAUUGGAGAGGGAAAUAUCGCCACAGCGGCCGCAGCUGCAUUGGCAUCUGCUGCCACCAAGGCCAAGCACUUGGCAGCAGUCGAGGAAAGGAAAAUCAAGUCCUUGGUUGCUCUGCUGGUGGAGACCCAGAUGAAGAAGCUGGAGAUCAAGCUGAGGCACUUUGAGGAGCUGGAGACAAUAAUGGACCGGGAGAAAGAGGCGCUGGAGCUUCAGCGACAGCAGCUUCUCACUGAGCGUCAGGCGUUUCACAUGGAACAGCUCAAAUACGCCGAGAUGAAGGCCAGGCAGCAGAUGGAGCAGCAGGCAGCUGCCGCAGCAGCCGCGGCUGCAGCAGCGCAGGGCCAGGGACAUGCUCCUGGAUCUGGACCACACCACGGACCCCCGCAGCCAGGUAUGCACUCUGGAGGACCACCUCACCAUGGAGGCCCAUCACCUCAUCAUGGGGCUCCACCACCCCACCACGGAGGGCCACCACCUGGUGCUGCAAUCCACCCUGGCUUCCCCCCGAUGGGUCACCAUCCUAUGGCCACUCACCACCCUGUACCGACAGGACCAAUGGGACCAGGCCAACCAAUGCCUGGACGUAUGAUGUCAGGACCCCCUUCUGGAGGACCUCCUCCUGGAGGCAUGCCUCCCAUGAUGCCCCCGCGUCACCCUGGAGCUCCCAAUGGCAUGUACCCUGGCCCAUCACCUGCACAGGCUGAAGCGGUGCCUGCACCCCCUGUGGGAGCUCCAGUGCCCCCGAGUGGACGAGUGGCUGAUAACUAAAACCGUUACACAAGCUUACACACGUGCACACACAUCUAAACAAAAGCACACAAAACACAAAACCUAACUCUGUAUGUGAACCACCAGAUUCAUUUUAAUGGCCUUUGCUGCUGGCUCUACCUUGUUGCCCAGUACUCAAAUCCCUAAUAAAUAUCACAGGACACACACAUAAAUACAUACACUGUCUCAGGGUUCAGUGGCAAAUGGUAACCCAAUUUUUCUUCCCCCCCACACACGUACAUCCAGACUUCCUCUCAGGGCACAGGAGCAAAAGGCUCAUUUAGUACUAAACACUGUUUCUGCUCUGUUGGGCCAAGUGGAGGCUGGAGACAAUGACUCUGUACAGAAGCAAACUUGUGACACAACACAGUUUAAAAAAAAAUCAAAAUACAACUGAGUCUAUCUCUACAUCCUUCCCUCUAUGCUGUUUGAAUUGACACUGUAAUCUCAAUCCUAACUCACACGCACGCCUCUCUCUUUUGGUCCGGUGCCUCUUUUUUCAUGCUACAGGGAGUUGGUGACCCUGACAAACACACUUAAUCCAAACUCCUUGCAACCUUCACACAGCCUUUACCAGAAAGAUGGACGCUGUUGAGUGUUUAGACUGAAACACAACACCAUUAGAUGGCGCUCUUCCUCAGCACAGUGGGUCUGUAGGAAUUUUGUAGGUGCUGAUACUGUAGCAAAUAAAACUGUCACGUCUUCUCACUUCCUGCUUUCGCUCGAGCUUUCCCAACACCUAGCGCUACUAGCUACCUCGCUAACCCUCGCCCCGACUGUUCUUUGUUCCUUUGCCACUCGUUUCUCAGCAAUACCUUCAAUUAUCUCAAAUGAAAAGCAGAGCAUUCACAUGGGAAUAACCACUAACACAUUACGCUCCAUGUUACAUCUGAUGUGAUAUAGUAAUCUGUGAAUUUGUUCGGGCAAAUCACCGACCAGUGUGUUGCUCACAGACACGGUCAUGUUCACUUGUAGCCUUUCCUUGAAGCUGUCGGUCUUAAUAAAGACACCUGUAGUUGGUUUCUUUGACGUUUUUAAAUUAUUUACAGCCCAAGAAGAAAAUAGUCAAUGACAUUUCACAGUCUCAUAUAUACUUGGCUAGCUUUAGGUCAUCAAUGCUAAUGCUAAAUACCUUGCGGUUUAAGGUUUUUCUCACCUUUAUUGAACGUGAAGAUGUUUUGAGUAGUAGUAGGAUUGAAGAACUCUGUUGUCUCCACAACAGUAUCAACAUCCAUAUAUUGUGACCACAGUGUCUUUUAUUUCCUGUUCCACAGCUUCAGAUUGUAUCAAAAAUGUCUCAGCCAAAAAAACUUGAACUAUGUUAAUUCUAAAUGUUCAUAUAAAUUGUUUUUCUCCAUAUUAGGGCAUCUUUUCUCCUAAACAAAAUCAGUCAUCAGUUGCAAAAAUCUAUAGAAUUAUUUCUGCUUUAAAGCAAGUGACUUCAGAUGUCUUUUAGCUCCUGAUUCUGUGACUUUUUCUCCCUUAAGUUUUUGGUUCUUUUUCUUUUAUUUUCUUUAUAUUAUCCAAUAAUCAGAUAACGUUGUCCUUUGGCAUUAUGUGCUUGUGAGUGUUGAUGCGCAGUGACAUAUCGCAGCUAAUUAGUCUGACUCUGAUGAGACCACUCCUGCCUCCCCCUACGCUUGCACUGUUUGCAUCUCUGCUACCUCUCUGCGGUCGGCCUGUUAGCUACCUCUUCUAGAUCUUUUCCUUCUUGCUUCUUGCUACCUCUCUGCUCAGCCCCGUGCUACCUCUCCUUCCUCUUCCUUUGUGUCCUCUUUAACCUUUUCUUUUUCCUUCUCUGCCCACGUGACUGCUGCAUCACUGACUCCUCGUCGUCCCACAGU